AUGCAACGAAAAUUGCGAGACAUAUUUGGUGGACAGAGAUAUUUGCUUGUUUUAGAUGAUGUGUGGACAGAGGAUCGUGAAAAAUGGCUUGACUUGCUAGGAUCCUUUACCGGAGGUGGAAGAGGAAGCUGUAUUGUGGUAACCACUCGGUCAAUAAAGACGGCAAAAAUCAUAGGAAAUGGGCGAAUGCAUCAGCUAAGAGGCUUGUCAAUGGAAAACUCAAUGUGUUUGUUUAAAUGGGCGGCUUUUGGAUCGGAAGAGUCAAGUCCACCUCAAAAGCUGGUUGAAAUUGGUGAAGAAAUUGUUAAGAGAUGCGCUCACGUUCCUCUUGCCAUAAGAGUGUUGGGAAGUCUUCUCUAUGGACGAGAUGAAAGGGAGUGUUGUCUUUGCGAUGAACUCAUAUAUAAAAGGGUGUUGAUCAUGUAUUGGAUGGCCCAAGGCUACAUCACAUCAGAAGGUGGAAAAAGUAUAGAAGAUGUUGCUGAGGAUUAUGUAAAACUUUUAAUACAGAGGUGCUUCUUCCAGGAUGUAAAAGGAGACUUUGAUAAUAUUAAGGCAUUUAAGAUGCAUGAUUUGAUGCACGACGUUGCUCAAGAAGUUGUGGGAAAGGAGAUCCAGACGACAGUGCAUAGCAUGAAUGGAGAUCUUGAUAAAAAGAUUCGUCAUCUUAAAAGAAGCAACUCUGCAAAUGUUUUCCGCAUCCAAAAAAGUCAACUGCGUUCUUAUGUUGAUGUUAGCAACCCUUUUGAAUAUGCUAAUAAUAUGGACCAGGUUUGUGCGGCUUCAAUAUUAGCUAAUUGGAAAUGUUUGAGGGCUUUAGACUUGAGUGGUUCAAGUAUUAAAAGUCUGCCAGGUUCAAUCGGUAAAUUGCUUCAUUUAAGGUAUCUAGACCUUUCAAAUAGCAAUUUUGAAUUGCUUCCUAGGGCAAUUACAAAUCUAUAUAAUCUUCAGACUUUACUGUUAGAGUUUUGCAUACAAUUGAAAGAGUUACCAAAAGAUAUUGACAAGUUAGUUCAUCUUAGGGUGUUGGACAUAAGAUAUUGUGAUGGUUUGACUUAUAUGCCAAGGGGCAUAACCAAGUUAACUGAUCUUCGUGAGCUUGGAAUGUUUGUGGUGGGAGGAGAGAGGUGUACAAGUUGGAAGGAAUUGUUGAAUGAAAUGAAAAUCCUGAAACCUCUAAGGAACCUUAGAGGCUCCCUCCAAAUCAGGAUCAAAUACUCCAACAAAGCUGCACAUGUUUAUAAGAAAGAGAAAGAUUGCGAAAGAGAGUGCUUGAGUGAAAAGGAACAUCUUGAAUAUCUGGAUGUUAAUUUUAGUGAAGAGGAGGGUGAAGGAAGAGUAAACUAUGAUGAAGCAGUGAUGGAUAUGCUACGGCCACAUUGUAAUCUCGAGAGGCUAGCAGUUCGAGGAUAUCAAGGUGCAAGUAUGGUGGGGUGGGCAAUGGAAGAAAACUUGUCAACGUCUCUUCCUAAUCUUGUUUCCUUGAGUCUUUGGAAUUGUCCGAAAUUGAGUGACUUAAGAUGCUUGGGAAAUCUAAGUCAUCUAAAAUGUCUUUUUCUUUUUGACCUAGAGAAUUUAGAGUAUAUAAUUGAGAAAUAUAUAUCUGGGGGUAGCAAUGACACGAGAGCUGUGCAUGUGAAGUCAGGCCAACAAUUUUUUCCCUCUUUGAAGUAUCUUAAUUUAAGAAAUAUGCCUAAAUUGAAAGGAUGGGUAGGAGAUGCUGAUGAGCUCCAUUUUAAUAGUUGCAAUAUGUCACCCCUUGUUUUUUCUCAAUUGGAAAAUCUUCUAAUUGAAUCUUGCCCAAAGCUUAUAGCAGUUUUCCAUUUUUCCCUAUUGAAAUCUCUCAAUUUAAGUAAAUUUAAUAGAAGACUACAAAUAAUAAUUAGAAGGUUGAAGAAUGAAGAACUCGAGGAAGAUAAUGGUAAGGAAACAAGCAAUCGAAAGUUUUCAUCCUCGCCCUAUUUUGGUUGUCCUAUUAGCAAUUUGAGGGAAAUAUUAAUAGACGACACAACUUGGGUAGAUCAUUGGCUACACAUGGAGGCUCUGAUAGUUUAAAAAAGCUGUCAAUUCGUGCAAAUAAGAACAUAGAGAAUCUGAGAGAAGUUGAGAAUGUGUUUCGUGCGUGUUCGUCUUCCAUACAAUAUUUAGCUAUUCGAAGUUGCUCCAAUAUGAAGAGCGUGUUAGAAGGCUUACAACAUCUCUUUGUCUUAGAGACCUUAGUAAUCGGUAAUUGCCCUAAUCUGAAUUUAUCAAGAGAGAUGGAGGAAGGCAGUGGCAAGCCACUUGACAAAUCUCUUCGUAAUUUGGAACUGUACGGACUCCCGCAAAUGGUGAACCUGCCUGAUUGGAUACAAUACUUGACCAACCUUCAAUCUCUGACUAUUGAGAAUUGCAAACAGCUCGAAUCUCUGCCGAGUUGGAUGUCUAAACUCACUUCUCUCAAGGAACUUCAAAUUCAUGGAUGUUCACCAACAUUGGAGAAACGAUGCCACCGUUCAAAUGGGUUGGAUUGGCCACACGUUCAACACAUCCCUUCCUUUAUCUGUCGUAUUGAAUACUUGGCGUAACCAAUUGAAGGGACACCAAAGGUAUAACUUAUGAGUUAUGAGGUGGACGGAGCAGGCAGGAUUGGCAACCCAUGCAGAAUUGUGGGAAACUGCUGGAAUUUGAGAUAUCCUCAUUGAAAUAAAGCCGUGUUACUAGAAGGAAUCCCCUGUUGAACAAUUGGAAUGCUAGGGAGACUCACACGGGAAUUCAACGGAAUGACCAGAAUGGAGGCCAAAGAUGUAAGAAAUAAGAAAACAUCUUGAAGAGCUAUUUUAGAGUCCCUAAAAGAUUGCUAAAUUGAUAAGUAAAUAUUAGAACAUGUAUCUUUAUAAUAAUUCUGACUUAUUACACUAAACGAGUGUUAUUGUAUUGAUAGUAUUCCUAUACUAACAACUAGAUAUUGAUAGAUUUCCAAUUUUUUAUUCUAAAGCAAUGUACCUUAUCGAAGCUUAAGUUGUGAGGUUAAGCCUUCGGUGACUCCUUUGAUGAUUAUUUCGGAGUUUGAGUCGCGAGGUCAAGCCUGCGGUAACUCCCUGGUUACGAAAUGACAUGAAGCUAUGUUUUUCCUUAAUAAAGGUGUACCUUUAUGUUUUAUCACCUAAAUAAUUAAGAGAUUAAGAUAUCUAGUAGGGGAUUCAUGGUUUCCAAAUGAGAUGACCAACCACCUAUGUUUUUUUUUCUUUGGAUCAUGGGCUUAAUCACAUAAUGAUGCGAGUCCAGUUGUCUGGUUGAAACAAGACAUACACACGGAUCAUGAGUAUUUUGGUACUUAGACAUGAAGUUAUUAUAAUGAGGACUAGUGGGAAAUGGGCAUAUAUGUCCAUUUUCAUUCACUCUUGCAUCUAACAAAAGCUUAAAUGUGCUUUAAAAGCUACCUAAAGUAUCAAUUAUGAAUCUUUCUUUGGUAUAGUCACUUGAUUAUGUCAUCUGAAUGUUGGGCUAGUUUCUUGAUCUCUCUUUUUUGAUGACCUAAUUUCUUAUUUUUAAGUUGUUACAUUUUAUCUACAGGUAUUCAAAACGGGUUCGAUGACUUGAAAUUUACUCAACCUUAUAACUAAAUCCGAUUUGACCCUACUUCAAAAAUGAUUUACAAUUAUGUAAAAAUCAAUAUGAACACAGGACUCGAUUUGAAACUGACCCGAAACACCUAACCAGAAAUCAACCCGAUAACCAGAAUGACACCGUUAAUUUUAUCCAAUGAGCUCAUGAUCACUUCUCACUCACUUCCGUUGUACCCUUUUACUUGAUGUUCAUGUUUUUUUUGGUCUUGUAAUCAUAUUUAAAUCUUUGUCAAACAAAAUAUUUAAGUGAUGUACGACUGCUAGUUUAUCUUCACUUACAAUUGUGGUUGUUGGGUGUUAAUUUUAUAACCCUAAUUUUGUUUCAAUAAUUUUAUUUCCCUAUGAUUAGGGAGCUGCUAAUUACUCUCCAUUGGAUUGUUAUCUUUUCCCGUGAAAUUUUGGGGUUUUUUUUGUGGUGUGAUCAUCUGGAGAGGACUUAUGUUUUCCCUAGGAUGUUUCCCUUACCUUGUAUGUCCUUUUGUUGGACUUUAUGCUCGUUGUAUUAGAGCCGAGCAAAACUAUCUGAUAAUCCGAAAAUUCGAUGAUUUGAUCUGGAAUCCAAUUUAAAUCUUAGGAAUUAGAUAUCCAUUUCAAAAUUAUAAUUCAGAUCGGAUAUCUGAUUCGAAAAUUCAAAUACCGGAUAAUGCUCCCAUGAUUAGGACUUGUUUCUUGUUUUUCCUCAAAAUUCUUUUUAAAAUAAGACCUAAUUAUGGGGUGUUACAACAUGCCCCUCUUGCCCCCUUAUAGGGUCGACCUUGU